AUGGGCACCCCUAAGCCCAAGUACCCGCUCGAGAACCACUGCUCUAUCGUUUACGAAAACACUCUUUACGUCUACUCGCCCAAAGGAUUUCAGUCGCUGAAGCUGGAAGAGGGCGCACAAUGGCAGUCGCUGCCAAUGGACAUAUCGCUGACCGGAGCUCAGUGUGUCAAGGCCGCCCCGGAAGGAGAUGCAAAGGCGGCUAGGCUUUAUGUUGUUGGUGGUGCGGUAAACGAGACGGCUGCGACGUGGGACUACCCUGGCAUGAUGCACUACACUUUUUCCACCAAGAAGUGGGACUGGCUUCGGGCUGAAUCGUGGAACACAGCAAACAGGCAGAACCAUGCUGCUACGUACCUGCAAGCUUCACAAAAGAUCCUUGUCUACGCCGGAUCGCAAAAGACGGGCGAUGUUGGUCCAUCCACACAAUCAUUCUUGUUUUCCACACAGCCGCCAUACACCGUCCAAAGCUUACCGUCUGCCGGAGCACCGCCCAUGGUGAAACCGAUGCUCAUGUCGGCCGACUCGCGAUCUGCCUACAUGGUCGGUGGCAGUGCUACCAACACGGCUGUCUGGAAGUUUGACGAGGCUCAAGGAUGGCGCGAUACAGGUGCUACCCUCGCACAACCCAUUGCCAACCAGGAUUCGGUGCAAUGCUCCAUGGUCACUGGAAAGGAUGGAAGCGUUGUACUAGAAAAGUUUGACAUGAGUGUUGCGCCCAAUAAGGUGGACCGAAUCUUGAUCCUGAACAAGGAUGGAACACCUGCUGCGCCUGGGACGACUGUCGGCGCUGAGAAGGUCAAACGAGUAGAAGUAUCCAGCUGGUCCAGGUAUAAUGAGACCUACGCUCCAACAUCGACACGGUCCGGCUACUCGCUAGCACAAGGAGCCGACGGCCUGACCGUGGCUAGCGGUGGCAGUCAGACUGAACCAUUGGUUCUCUUUGAUGCGCAAGCAAACUCAUGGCUCAAUGCGACUGAGGUGUUUGCCGGGCAGGACGUACUGAUUGAUUCGCAAUCGUCGACGAUUUCUUCGUCCGCUACUUCGGCCACCCCAUCCGCACCGGCACCAGCCUCGGCAACACCCACUACCACGGAAGUAGCAGCAAUCCCAAGCCAACCAAGUAACAAAGGCAAGAUGCUUACUGUACUUGGUGCUACGCUUGGCACGAUCUUUGGUAUUGCCGCCAUUCUCAUCCUAAUCCUCGUCUGCCUGAAGUACAGAAAAAACAAGAACAAGAAGUCCCAGGGAUAUGUAGAAAAGGAUCGUAUGAGUUUUGCCGAUCGUGGUGCCGACUUUAUGAAAGAGGCUGGCGGGGCUGUGGUGACCCAACCAUAUCAGCAGAACAACGAUUCUGUAACAUCGCUCGCGAUUAUUCAGGGUCGCCCAGGAAACCACAAGAAGAACCAAGCCAGCGAUGCCAGCUCUGCUGGUUUGGUCAAGAAGAGCAGCCCUCUCGGCUAUUCAGAGCCCGUCGAGCUCUCGAAAUUUGAUCUAAAGCCUGAGACUCUUAAGCCCGAGACUGUUCGCAUGGAUGCAAUGGUUCGUCAAAACUCGAGUCGGACCCCAGCUGCCAAAUCUGCUCCAAGAGCUCGAAGUUCGGGCUGGAGUAGAUAUUUUGCAAACAACGAAGCCACGAACCUCGCCAGCGUUCAGCCUGACCGAUCCACAUACGCGUCAGACAGAACGAGCACUGGAAGCCAGUCACAAUACACCAACUCCCGAAUGUACAGCCACCGUCCCUCCCAGCACAUUGCUCCUUUACAAAUACCCCAACCCCAAUUCGACGGACAACGCCUCAGCCGCGUGGCCAGUGGAAGCCCAACACUCGGCACACCUACUGGUAUACUGCCUCAUCAAGUUCAACCAAUGCAGGCAGAACUAAGCCGUGCCAAUUCAAACUGUAGUUCGAGGUCCGGGGUCAGUGGACACAACGACUACUACCAGAGACCGGUUGAAAGUUGGACACCAGUUGGUGAGGAUCACAGAACGAGCAGUGCGUACACGGGUAGCAUGGUGAUAGAACCCAACAGCAAGUAUGAUGUUGCAAGCUCAUAUUACGCUGACGGCACCGACUCAUUCUAUCCGAAGAGCAACUUUAGCUCUUUCUAUCCUGGGCAAACGGACAAUUCGCCUACCAUCCCUCCUGAUGCCAGGGACAGUACAUUCACCAUGUUUCCCAAUGGCAAUGCAAACUCUGCGCCAACAGAGGAUGGCCCUAAGAGCAAGUUCAGCCCAAUGUACCCUCUGCCGCCACAGGUAGGCACUUCGCAAAAUCGGGAUAGUUCGGCUACUUUGUUCCCCGGAGCUCCUAGCUCCUCCCAAAAGGGUCAACAAGAGUCCACGCAAAACCCGGCUUUCAACUCGUUCUACCCACCAGGACGAGUCGGAAACGAGAGCACAGUUACCAUGUUCCCAGGUCCGGGGCCUCAAGACUCUUCGAAGAAGGAACAAUCAGACAUGUCAUGGCUGAACCUAGGUAAAACCUAG